UGCUGGGGACUUGCAUCUGGCCUCAAUGUGACAUUAAGGUAGAAAAACACAUCUACAUAUGUGUUUGCUAUUAGGAUUUAGUUUAUUCACUGGUCAUGCCUGAAGAGUGAUGUUCGUCUCUAGACGGCUAACUGCCAGGAAAUAUAAAUGAUUGUCCUAGAAGUCAAGCCUCUCUCCUAUUUACUGGAGUGAAAAUCACCUCCAGAUAUCGACGGAAUAUCAACUACAGAAAAUGCUUCACGUUAUAAGGAUGCCAACCACCUAGAUUCAUGCGCCCUAUCUGUACAGUUGUUGUGGAUGGUUUGCCAUCUGAAAGCUCCUCAAGCUCUUAUCCAGGCCCUGUAUCUGUUUCUGAAAUGUCUCUGCUACAUGCUUUGGGUCCAGUGCAGACCUGGCUGGGACAAGAGCUAGAGAAGUGUGGCAUUGAUGCCAUGAUUUAUACUCGGUAUGUCCUCAGUCUUCUGCUGCAUGAUAGCUAUGACUACGACCUGCAGGAACAGGUAUUUACAUAUUUUAGAUGUUGUCCAGUGAAAGAGAAAGACAUUUUCGAUCUAACACUAGAGGAAAUGAAAAAACAGGCUGCUGUCCAGUGUCUUCGCUCUGCUUCUGAUGAAAGCUCUGGGAUUGAAACAUUAGUGGAGGAGCUUUGCUCCAGACUGAAAGACCUUCAGAGUAAGCAAGAGGAGAAGAUUCACAAAAAGUUAGAAGGCUCUUUGUCUCCUGAGACUGAUUUAUCUCCCACAGCAAAGGAUCAAGUAGAAAUGUACUAUGAAGCAUUUCCUCCUCUUUCUGAAAAGCCAGUUUGCCUGCAGGAAAUCAUGACUGUAUGGAAUAAAUCCAAAGUAUGCUCUUACUCUAGCUCCUCAUCUUCAUCCACUGCUCCACCAACUAGCACAGAUACAUCUUCUCCAAAGGACUGCAAUAGUGAAAGUGAAGUAACUAAAGACAGAAGUAAUAAAGUAUCUGCCACUGUACAGGAAAGAACCCAGCAGAAGAAAAGUAAAAAUGAGAAAGAAAAUAAGUUUAGUAACAACACUGUUGAAGAGAAGCCUGUUUUGUACAAAAAGCAAGUCCGACACAAGUCUGAGGGAAAGAUGCGUCCUCGCUCCUGGUCAUCGGGAUCCAGUGAGGCUGGCUCAAGUUCUAGUGGUAAUCAAGGUGAAUACAAGGCAUCAAUGAAAUGUAUUAAAGUACGACACAAAACAAGAGAGGUUCGAAAUAAAAAAGGGCGUAAUGGGCAAAGCAGGCUUUCAGUGAAAUCUGGUGAAAAGGCGGAUAGAAAAGUCCACAGCGGAAGCAGCAGCAGCAGCAGCGGGUCCAUCAAACAGCUGUGCAAAAGAGGUAAAAGGCCAUUAAAAGAAAUUGGAAGAAAAGAAGCUGGCGGUAGCGAUGGAAAAGAUUUGUAUUUAGAUAGCAGAAAUGAAAAGGAGUAUAAAGAAGAACCCUUGUGGUAUACUGAGCCGAUUACAGAGUACUUUGUUCCUCUUAGCAGAAAAAGCAAGCUGGAGACUACAUACCGCAACAGAGAAGAUAUAUGUGGUGUAACAUCAGAGGCUGUAGAAGAGUUGUCUGAAUCAGUGCAUGGUCUUUGUAUUAGCAACAAUAAUAUUCAUAAAACAUACCUCGCAGCAGGUACUUUCAUCGAUGGUCACUUUGUAGAAAUGCCUGCAGUUCUAAAUGAGGAUAUUGACCUCGCUGGGACCUCAAUAUGUUCUCAACCAGAGGACGACAAAUACUUAGAUGAUGUUCAUCUGUCAGAACUAACACACUUCUAUGAAGUGGAUAUUGAUCAAUCCAUGUUGGAUCCUGGUGCCUCAGAUACGAUGCAAGGGGAGAGUCGGAUUUUAAAUAUGAUUCGACAAAAGAGUAAAGAAAAAACUGAUUUUGAGGCAGAAUGUUGCAUAGUGUUAGACGGAAUGGAGUUGCAAGGGGAAAGUGCAAUAUGGACAGAUUCGACCAGCUCUGUUGGUGCUGAAGGGUGGUUCUUGCAAGACCUUAGUAAUUUAGCUCAAUUUUGGGAGUGCUGUUCAUCUUCUAGUUCUGGUGAUGCAGAUGGGGAAAGUUUUGGAGGAGAUUCUCCAAUCAGAUUCUCCCCCAUCUUAGACAGCACAAUGCUGAAUUCACACAUGCUUGCUGGCAAUCAAGAGCUCUUUUCAGAUAUUAAUGAAGGGUCUGGUAUAAACUCUUGUUUUUCAGUGUUUGAAGUGCAAUGCAGUAACUCUGUUUUACCAUUUUCUUUUGAAACACUCAACUUGGGAAAUGAAAAUGCAGAUUCUAGUAGCACUGCUAAUAUUCUUGGGAAAACACAGUCUAGAUUGCUAAUAUGGACCAAAAAUAGUGCCUUUGAUGAAAAUGAACACUGUUCCAAUCUUUCAACAAGAACUUGUAGUCCAUGGUCACACUCUGAAGAAACACGUUCAGACAAUGAGACUUUAAAUAUUCCAUAUGAAGAAUCGACGCAGUUUAAUGCAGAGGAUAUUAAUUAUGUAGUUCCUAGAGUGUCUUCAAGUUAUGUAGAUGAAGAAAUACUAGAUUUUUUGCCAGAAGAAACCUGCCAGCAACAAGCUAGAACUUUAGGAGAAAUGCCCACUUUGAUCUUCAAAAAAAAAUCUAAGCUAGAAUCUGUCUGUGGUAUUCAGCUAGAACAAAAAGCAGAAAGUAAAGACUAUGAAACUACACAAGGGUGUAGUGAAAGCAGUCCACAUGGAGAUGGCUACAGCUCAGGGGUUAUUAAAGAUAUUUGGACAAAUAUGGCAGACAGAAAUUCUGCAGCGAUGGUAGAAAUAGAAGGAAUAGAAGACGAAUUGUUUUCAACUGAUGUAGAUAACUAUUGCUGCUGUUUGGAUACAGAAGCAAAAGUUGAAACCCUCCAGGAGCCCAAUAAAGCAGUGCAGAGAUCAGAGUAUCAUCUUUGGGAAGGUCAGAAGGAGAAUUUAGAGAAGAGAGCCUUUGUCUCAAAUGAUUUAUCAAAAGUAGAUGGUGGUGACUAUACUACACCAUCAAAACCUUGGGAUGUUAACCAGGAUAAAGAAAACUCAUUUAUACUUGGUGGUGUGUAUGGGGAGCUCAAAACGUUUAACAGUGAUGGAGAAUGGGCAGUGGUGCCACCUAGUCACUCGAAAGGGAGCUUAUUACAAUGUGCAGCUUCUGAUGUAGUGACGAUAGCUGGUACAGAUGUUUUUAUGACUCCAGGUAAUAGCUUUGCCCCUGGUCAUAGGCAAUUAUGGAGGCCAUUUGUAUCAUUUGAACAGAGUGAGCAAUCAAAGAGUGGAGAUAACGGAUUAAAUAAGGGUUUUUCUUUUAUCUUCCAUGAAGACUUACUGGGAGCUUGUGGUAACUUUCAAGUUGAAGAACCAGGGCUUGAAUACUCAUUCUCUUCCUUUGACCUGAACAAUCCAUUUUCACAAGUUCUUCACGUAGAGUGUUCGUUUGAGCCAGAAGGAAUUGCAUCUUUCAGCCCUAGUUUUAAACCUAAGUCAAUUCUGUGCUCUGAUUCAGACAGUGAGGUUUUACACCCCAGGAUAUGUGGUGUUGAUCGAACGCAGUACAGGGCUAUACGGAUUUCUCCAAGGACUCACUUUCGCCCAAUUUCUGCAUCUGAACUUUCUCCAGGUGGUGGAAGUGAGUCAGAAUUUGAGUCAGAAAAAGAUGAGGGAGGUAUUGCUGUCCCUUCUCAAGUAGAUGUAUUUGAGGAUCCACAAGCAGAUCUCAAACCUCUGGAAGAAGAUGCAGAAAAAGAAGGGCAUUAUUAUGGAAAAUCAGAGCUUGAAUCUGGAAAAUUCCUUCCCAGAUUAAAAAAGUCUGGAAUGGAGAAGAGUGCACAGACAUCAUUGGAUUCCCAGGAAGAGUCGGCUGGAAUGUUGCCAGUAGGAAACCAAGAUCCCUGUUUAGAGUGCAGCAUGAAAGAAUCUCUAGAUGGGAGGGCGAUGGAGACUUCUAAAGUAAACUGCAGAAUAGUGGAGCCACGUGAGGAGACUAGCAGGUUUUGCAGUUGUAAAGCAGGGUGCCAUUUCCCCACGUACGAGGAUAAUCCUGUUUCUUCAGGAGAGCUUGAAGAGGUAUUGUGAUUACUGUCUAAACACUUUCUUAUAUUGAAUACUAAUCUGCAGAGAAUGAGUGGCAGCCAGGAAAAGCAGUGCUGGUGGGAAAAGGCGCUCUAUUCUCCCCUUUUUUCUGCAUCACAGUGUGAAGAGUGUUACACAAAUGCCAAGGGAGAGAAUGGUGUAGGAGAAUUUGCGGAUGUAAAGGAGAUAUCCAAUGAUGAUGAACAUCUCUUAGAUUUUAAUAUGGUUUCUUCUGUUUAUGAAGCAAGAUGCGCAGAUGAUAUAAAUGCUGAGGCAAAACCAAAUGGCUUCAGGAAGAAGAUCUACUCCAGUGAUAGCUCCAGCUCUGAAGACACAGCUUCAGAAGGUGGAAGCGAAUGGGCUGAUCCGUGUGAGGAGGAGCUUUUUUCUCGAACUCAACUAUAAAAACUGCAGAGUAGAACAGAUGAUUUGAAAGUAACAUGAGAUGGAAAACUAUCCUUCCUGAGGGUCUGUAGCUCUAAAACAACAACUUGAGUUUCCUCUUCAGUUAAUGGAUUCAGAUGUGUAUUUAUCUUUCUCUUCUUGCUUAUUUUAUAGAUGAGGACACAGCUGUCCUGUUGAAGAUUUUUUUUUUCCCCAAAAAAACUGUUAAAUUCUUGGCUAUUUGAACUAGACUAGAUUGUGUUGUCAAAUCAAGAAUGGAUGUGCAUGUGCUUGUCUUAGUAGUACCACUGCUUUUUUGCAUCUUAAUUGCAGUUAUUUUCAUUCGUAACUGUAGCCCUACCACUAUUACUAUCUUCUUAGCAUCGCAGUGUCUGCAACUACUUCUGCUAUUCAGAGACUUCAGCUUUCUGCACAUUAGGCUUUGUUCUUUAAGAACUGGGAGAUAAAUACUUAACACUGUAAUCUAUCAGUGCCUUUCUGAACGCAGGAGAGAAGCAUGAAUGACUUGUCCAGUCUUCAUUCAGUAAAUCUCAUAACUUUGAAGUAGGAACAACAGGGUUGUGCUUUAGAGACUUACAGAAACUGUGUUUUCUAUCCUGAUUCCCCCCUCCCGCAAACCAACACUGAGGAUACCAUGGUUUGUAUUUUUGCUAACUGGAGAAGCCAAGGAUUUUUUGUAGGUAUGCAGGAAAUGUGGGGUUUUUUUUCCUUUUUUUUUUUUCUUUUUUUUUUGUCCUUUUUGGCAACUUGCCGAUGUGGGGUGGAAGUUUAAAAAGUAACACCAAAAAGAAUAAACCACUGGGGUGAUGUGUGGAUUGUUGUGAAUUUUGUAACGAGUAAUGAGAAUGUUGUCUUGUUGCAGAUGAUGGCAUUCGUGUAACCUGCAAAAGCAUCCUAUACUGAACUUGAGCCUGAGUGACUGAAACUAAAAUCUAAAAUGCUCAGUGUGUUCAAUGUGUUAAAUGCAAAGGGUCAGUGCUUCACUUGAAAGAAAUCCUGUGGCUGCUGCAGUUAGCUGCUGUUGUGGCUGUAAUUUAGUAAAUCUCGUAGUUCAUUUUGUGUUUCUGAGAGAA